UUUCCUAACAAAAUAAAAAACAAAAUGUCUGCUCCCAGUCCUUUACCAACCCGUCCCCGUAGUACAAGAAUAAAACGAGCCACAAGUCCUGCUGCUGCUAUACUAAGCAGUAAGAAGAAGAAAAAUGCUCCAGCCACAGCAACAAGUUCUGAUGCGGGGACAGUGGAACCCGAGCCAUCUACUCAGGUGACAUUAGCACCAGCAGCGACAGUAGUAGCAGCAGCAGUCGAGAUAAGCAUCACAACACAACAACUGGUGACCCCUUCUCCACAACUUCCUGAAAUUCCACAGCGACCAAUACUGCCAUUCAAGGAUGCCAACUUUACACUCUCUAGUAAAGGUGUGACUGCCAAUAAGAAAGCAAGAGCAUGGAAAACGCUGAAGCAAAUUACAUCCGCAGAGAAAUCCUUGCCAUGGAGACCAGAUGAAGCAACAUAUAGCAGUAUUGAUGCACCCCCAUCUCUGAAACCAGCCAAGAAAUACUCUGACCUCUCAGGAUUUCCGGCAAAAUACACAGACCCCCAAACCAAGCUGAGAUAUUCAGACACAGAGGAAUUCUCUCGGACACGAAUGCUUCCAGCAGACAUCAUCACUGGGCUGUUGACUCUCAGGAAAGCCAACCCUGAACUCCAGUGAGGGCUCACUCACUCACACAAACAUGUAAGUCGGCAAUCUGGAUAUUUUGUGUUCUUAUGUUCCGUGCUUUUUGAGGUGGAUCACAAUUGCAAUUUUGUCAUCGAGGACUGCAAAUAAGAAGCAUCCUUAUAAGUUUAUGUUGAAUUGUGUGUUAAACAAGCGUCGGCAGAGGUUGCUAUUCUUUGUGUCGAGCACCAGGCCUGUUAAAAAACAGCAUAGAUGCUUCUCUCCGGCUAGGAAGAAAAGUUGA